AUGGCUGAGACUGACCCCAAGGCCUUGCAGGAUCUCACCUCAGUGGUGCAGACACUCCUGCAACAGAUGCAAGAUAAAUUUCAGACCACGUCUGACCAGGUCAUUAGAACAAUUGAUAACAUGAGCAGUUGCACUGACGACCUGGAGAAAAACAUUAGCGACCUCAUGACAUAGGCUGUGAAAGAGCUGGAGGGUGAAAACAAGAUCCCUUCCACACCAAAGAGUUGA